CUGGCGUCCGGGUCGGACGACAACACCGUCAAGAUCUGGGACGCGAGCAGCGGCGCCUGCCUGUCGACGCUCAAGGGCCAUAGCAAUGUAGUCAUCUCGGUCGCCUUCUCGCCCGACUCGACACGGCUGGCAUCCGGGUCCCACGACGAGACA